CAUCAAUGGGACGAUUUUAACUUGCUCUUCCCUAAUACAUGGAACCCUGUGGUUUUAAGGCUGCAACAUUCAGUCAUCCCAGCACAGAGUAUCACUUUCCAUCAACUACAAGCUUGGGAUUUGCUUGAUGCAUAACAGAUAACAGCAGGGAGACUAUCAGCUGCUGCUGUCCCAGCUGUGGAAAGAAAUUAUCAUUCUUCAUUUCCUGUGAGCAGGUGUGAAGCUCCCGGAUGUCUACGGUUACAGACAGCUCUCUGCAUGGGCUGACCUUUUCGCAACCGGAGCUGGUUUGGCUGAAGAUCAUACAAUUCGAAAAUGUAGAAAAGAUAUUCCGAAUCCGAACACUGAGAUUCUACUUAACUGCAUUCCAUGGAUUACAGUGUACCACCAAACUACCAGUCAGCGAUGACUUCUGCAGCAUGGUUUUGUCCCAGAGCAACCUGCUGUGACUGAAGCAGUAGCAAUAUGUUCAGUGUGGAGGACCUCCUGAUUUCUCAUGGCUAUCAACCCCCAAAGAAAAGUUCAAAAGACAAACCCCUGCCUUCCGAUGAGAACACCUACACCAGCUGCCGUUGCGAAGGGAGAGAGAACAAGCCUAGCCAUGGAACAGUGAAUGGAUAUGAGACCGACACUGGGGCCUAUUCUGCCAGCAGGCACACACGCAGUCUGGAGGGCUCCUACAGUGACAGCGAGGGCAGGGACAGGAGUGCAAGAAGACAGGCUGGUGUCAGCUGCUGUGCUGAUGUGCAGCGUUUGCCCACGUCUGCCACAAGGGAAGCAUGGUUAAACAGUGGUCCUCUGCUACCUUCUUCAUCCAGGCCCAAACCUGGAAAGGAUGUCACAUAUUGGAGACGAAGAGGGCAAGACUUCAGUGUUUUACUGGAUUACACAAACCGUGGGGACUCAGGCUGCAAAGGAAAUAAUGUGACAAAAGAUCUAAACAAUCCAAAGGCUGAACAACAAGGGAAAUGUUCACAAGAUGUACGGCUGAAGAACAUGCAACACAAACCAGAAGUAACGAGAAUGAAUGAGCAAAAAGGUUGGAUGUCAGAAUGUCAGAGUGUGACCGUGAAAGAGAUGGUUGAAGACAAGUGGAGAAUGCCAGAGGAUCGUAAGUGCCAGAGCUUGGGGACAGAGGAAUGGAAAGCGUCUUUAGGAAGACAGCUGUCUGAUGGUGAUGGAAACAAAUUGAAACAGGGCAUAUUGCCUCAUGUGGUUGAUGGUGAAGAAUUAAAAAGAGAAGGAUUACCAUACAUAAAGAAGGAAAAGUCUCAGUCUUUGCCCAGAGUUAUACCAGAAAGUAAUAGUAAGGAAUUUCAGACAGGUCUAUAUUAUGUAGAUAUGCCUGGGUUUGACAGAAACAGAGUGGAAAAUCAAUUUUUGAAAGAUGAUCUUGUGUUGCAGGAUAAUGGCUCUUAUUGUCAUCCUAAAUCAAGUACAAAGUGGACAGAAAAUUUCAGGCCGUGUGCUCAGUUGCCAAAAACGAAGUUGACUAGACCACUGAAACCUCCUUCAUAUGAAUUGUAUCAGCAAAUUAGGAGAAGUUCAGAAAUGAUACCCAAUCUCCAUCUACACGGAGAAACUGAUGGGCAAGUGGCUCCUUUUGCCAAUGACAGUGAAGCAAGUGUUGAUACUAAUUGCUGCCUUCAAGCUCCUGCUGGUAGCAGCUUGGAACCUCCUGUCUAUGUGCCUCCCCCAUCUUACAAAGCACCACCUCAGCAGAACGCUGGUAAGAAAUGUUUUGAAAAAGUGCCUGCUUGUGAUAGCACAUCUCAGCCCUUUCAGUCAGUGGAUACUGUUACUGAUCAGUCACACUGGUGUUUAGAUAACCAGGAGAGUGAUCAUGCUCAGCAGAAACAUAUCUCUCAUGAUAGCGGCACAAAGCAACAUCUGCAAACCAAGAGUGUUAGUGAUGAUGUAGGUAAAAAUAUCCCUCACAAAAGACAACCCUAUAGUUCUUCACAUAACGGCUACACAGAUGACCAAAAGGCUUUUGUCAAAUACAUACCAUUUAAUGAUCCACGAUUAAGACACAUUACUAUAGUGCAGUCUGAGAAGCAAAACAGUGAAGCCAAACAUAAGUAUGAACCGUGGAAAGCAAAGGACAAUGUUGUAGAUGGAAACAAGACAUUUGGACCAUCAGACCAUUGCAGUGCCUUUUCUGUUCCAUCAGGAUCAUAUUAUUCCACUCAGGCAGGCCUGAGGCCUAUUACUGAUACUAUGACUAGCAACAAAUGGUUUGUAGCAUCCAAGUCAGAGAUUGAGAAUGGUACUAAGUCUGAACGUUGUUCUAAACCAUAUCUGGACAACCAGUUUGACACCUCAUUCAAAUGUAAUUCCGGGGUUCUUUCAACCUUAAACCAUCCUGUUAGUUAUCCGCAUUCAAAUGCCAAUUCUAAAGCAGAAUCGCAUGUGCAUCAAGACACUGUUGAAACCAUUACCCAGGUGAAGAAGUGGGAACCAGAUUCCCAGAGUUUUGAGGCACAAGAGAAGAAACACUCCAAAAGAAGAAUUUCAGAAACAAUAUUUUGUCUUGUUUCCGUGCCAGUUAAAACAUGCGAAGAAGAGUCAAAUGAAGAUGUCUUUGUUAAUGACGUGAGAAAUGGGAGCAUUGACACUAUUCUGAAUGACAGCACUGGAAACUUAACAGAGCAAAGCUUUUUAAGCAUGUCUUCCUCCGACUUGGAAUUACAAGCUCUGACAGGAAACAUGAUCUCAGAAAAUGGGUUGAAGCGACCUGAGCCUUGGAAUGAAGUUAGCAAUAGACGUACGGUUAGCUAUAAUUUUAACCAGCACAGAGAAUUAACAGCUUCUGGCUCUUGGCCGGGUGACCAGUAUAGAGAUCAAGAAACGCAAACGAGCUUCAUUAAAGGUCCCCGUACCACUCGGUCAUUCACUGGUGCUAUGAAAAAUAUUAGAACACGCAGCCAGAUUCAAAGUCAGAAUGACUCAGAACCUGAAUGCAGUACAUUAAUGCAAGGGGAUAAAAGGAAUGCAGAAGUUACAGCCAUCAAUGACCAGAAACGUAAGCUGAAAAACUGUUCAAUAAAUGGUCAGGCAAACUUGUAUCCCUCUACUGGUAGUGCUUUCUCAAAGGCAGCUCCUAAACAGCAUCAGGUCAAACACAUUAGCUCACACCAAAGUCAUGUUCACGGGGCUUCGAGAUGCUCACAGAAAGAAAGUGGAGGUGGAAGUGUGGUGGAUCAGUUGAAAAAGAGCAGAGCGGUUUCACAGACAUCGUCAAGCAGUGGCAGAGAGGCAGUCGGGUUUGGUCAGUUCCUCUUGAAACCUGUAAGCCGCCGUCCUUGGGAUGCAAUUAGUGAAUUAGAAAGUUUCAACAAAGAGAUUCAGGAGCAAGAGGAUCGCAAUGUUCAGGGACUGCAGAAGGAAGUUGAAGACAGUGAGCUUAGUGCAAAUCAGUCAGUACACCCAGACAAUGAUGUUUCAGACAAUCAGACUUACCAAACACCUGAGUUGUAUGUGUCUGAAAAAUCAUCAGUCAAGCUGAUCAAGCCCAAAGAAAAGAAGGACAGCGGCAGUGAUAAAAGUUGCUCAAAUUACACUAAUUUUACCCCUGAUAUACAGGACCGUUCUAAAAGAUCUGCUGUCAAUAACAAAUUGAGCAGCCAGUCAAUCAAUCAAUUCCAAAAACCCAUCAAUAAAAGAACAACUGAUACCAAAAGUAGCACAAUUCUAAAUGUAUUCACAACAAAGAAUGCCUAUUUCAGUAAAUUAAAAAAUGAAAACAAUUUGGAGGACACCAAGAGCAAAAGGCAGUGUAUAAACAUCAAUGGAGUUCGAACACCUAUGUGUCAGUUAAUUGAAGAACGGACAGAAAGCACAAAUGAUCCGGACACGUCUAACAAAGUGAUGGUGCCAGACACCAAAGCUCAGCCAGCUCGAGAAACUGAAUGUAAUGACAGUAUUGGAAAAAUGUUCCCUCAGUUUGACAAUGAUCAGGGUCACUCAGAACCUAUUCUGAACUCUCUAAACUGUCACAAAAGCACAAAGCCAAAAACUGACAACCUAUACGACCUCUUAGAGCAAAAACCUGUGGAAGGAAUUUCGAAAACUGAAUCAUUAGAAGAAAGAGCUGCUCGGAUUUUGGGAAUAGAUGUAGCUGGAGAAGCCUUGAUUUCUCCAGUGAAGAAGACAUCACAUCAGAAUACAGGAGAAAAUGAGACAAAACCUCCUUCUGAUGUGGAACUGGGCUAUAACGGUAAUCAUUUUGUGGCAGACAGGAAAAAUGCUUCAGUGGGACAGACAGGACACAUCGAGGAGAAAUCUUUGGAAAGCAACAAACUUUCAGAAUGGAAACAAAACCCUCUGUAUGGAAGCUCAAGUGGAAAUAAUUUACAUGAGAAUAAAUUGCUGAAGCAACUUGCUGAAAGUAACAAGGAGUCAGGGAAAAGGGCCAUCAUAAACGAGUUCUUUCAUGGACCUUUCAAGGAGUUUUAUAAUUGGACUGACGCAAAUUGCUGUCUGAGUGCAGAAAGCAAGGCUGUCUCUGUCCCAGGUGCAGACAGGAAAGGUCGAAAUUCUUCAGAGAAGAUUGAUUCAUUGCAAGGCAAACUCUCAUCAUCUCCCCUAAACCGAACAGCUCUCAACCGCUUGGCCAGAAUGAAAGAAGUAGAUUCGGUUUCCCGUAUCAGACGUCUCAGCAUCAAAAGUACAGGUUCUGGUGAUGAUUUUGAUGAGGAAAAAUGUAGAACAGAGAGGGGAGAAGAGGAAGCAGAUUACAUGUUGGCCAGACAGGAAGAACUCUGCACAGCAAGGAAGAGAGUCAUAUCACUGGACCAAGAUUUGGAACCUAUUGCAUCUUCAAUGUCAGCUGAUUCUGAGCACAGACAGGUGGCAGGUGAGCAUAAAAGUCUACAGUGUGGAGGUGAAGGCUUUCCAUGUUGGUCAGCUCAUGAGAAGGCUCAGUCAUCUAAGUCGGAUGUUUAUGAUCCCAGCAAAGUUGAGACUGUGUGAAAAGAAGGAGAGAUGACAAGAGUGAAGAGAUUCUGGGAGAAUGUUAUAGAUUUUACACUGUGAGCUGCUUCACAAGACUCUCUUUCAUCAAAUGCAAACUCCUGGACUGCCUUCUGCACACACUGUUUAUAUUAAUAAAUACAAUGAUAAAAUGCUGUAUCACUGCCAGGAAGAAAUUAGUCAGGCAUUGAAACCACUAUUAACCAUCCAGUGUCUAAACCUGAACAGAUAAUACUGUUCAUCACAAAGUACAGCCUUCUAAAACUGGUAGCUGCAAUACUUGGUGCACAUUGGCAUAUGGCACAAAAUCACCUCUAAUUUUCUAUUUAAUUACCAUCUCAUUCUGAGUUCAGAGAAUGACUGAUAAAAUGCCACAUUGGUGCAGUAAAGAGUUGUUCCUCUGAGUUUGGGUGUGAGGCAGAGUAGAGGGAUUGAAAUUCGCAAUGCUCUGACCUAGGAAUGCUUGAUGCUACACUGGACAUCUAAAUUUAAGAAGUGUUCAUUUCUCCAGAGGUAACACCAGUGCACAUUUGAUAAGCACAAAAUUAAGAAAUUUCAAGCAUUCCACACUGAGCUCCCACACAGUCGAUCUGACAUCAAAUGGCAAUGUACAAUGUGUUUUAUUGGAUUUCCUUCCUCUUUAUUCAAGGCAUUUGUAAAUUCAUAGGUUUACAACUUAAUAACAAGUAAUUAUGUGGAAUUAUUUUAUGAAAAACAGAUGUUUCCAGAUUAUGAAAUCCCCAGCCUAGAUUUCCCAGAGUUGGUACAAUUUAGGUUGGAAUUGUCGGUGAUUUUUAGACAGACUCAAGAAAAAAUGGGUUGUGUGCACAGAGUUUUACCAGAUUAGCAUAGCUUCAGAUGCAAAUCAAGACAGAUCCAGGAAGCCGACUGGGGAUGGGAGAAAAAUAAAUGAAAAAUAAGUGCAUAAGUGAAAUUUAAACCGAUGUGUCAAAGUAUAGUUACCAAAAUUCAGAAAACCUCAACAGUAUUGGGUCUAAUGUCCUACCUUCCUUCGGACAAAGGAGCCUUCUCAUGCAAUAAUUGUGCUACCAAAGCAUGUCAGUCAAGAGUUGCUGAUGUCAGCAUCUGACUGGGUAGGCAAAGACUUGUCUGUGGGCACACCAUUCUCUCCCAAGUAAUGAUUGGUAGUAGGGAGAGGUCAUGUGGUCCUGUCAAGAGAAAUCCAUUAAUAUUGCUAAAAAAAAUGAACAAUGGCAUGAAAACUCCAGAGUUUAAGUGCCUGCAAGCCAACAGUAAAUAAAUAAGUUGAGCAUAAAUGGGUAAAUAUAUUUAUGAUAUAUCACAACCAAAAUGUAUUUGCCACAGGCCUUUAAAUCCCUAAUCACUGUGGUAUAAUUCCUUUGAUAUUGGUGAGCUGCUGUUUGACAUGGAUGCUCUUUAGAAUCAAUGGUCUUCCCACCUAAAUGUUGGGAAACGCAGUGCAGGAUAGACAUCACCACGUCUCACUCAAGUUGAUUAGCUGCAUGAGGAACCUACUGAGAUGAGGGGGGGCUCCAAAGCUGCUGAUCUCCCCAGCAAUAAAUGAUACUACAAGAGACCAUAUUCAGAGCUGCAGAGAGACAGAGCUCCCAUCCAUUUCCAACGACCAGGCACCCAAGUCAUUACUCACAUGGCCAAGAACAGAAACUCGAAAAUAAUUGACUAUAAUAAUCUAUGAUUCUAUAUUUCUUACAUUUCCUACAGCAUUGCAAAUUUUAUUGAGAUGUAUGCAGAAUUAUGUGUAUCUCAAAUUAACAUUAAUUUUACAUUCAUUAAAGAACUUUUGAUAUGUAUUUUUAUUAGACAUGAAUUUAAAUAUUUCUGACAUAAAUUAAUUGUGUAUUCACUACAAAUUCAAUAAGCAGUGCACUCUGAAGUUUUUUUAAAAAUCAUUUUGUGCAUGUGAUUUUCAAUAGAAAACCUUCCAGAGAUGGACAAUUCCAUCCAAAUUACAUUCACAAUGAACCAUCCAGUGCCAUUACGCUGCAAAAAUUGUCGAUGUAUCAACCUGCCUUUUGUUUUUGUUUUGGAAAAUUACGGACAGGCCACAAAAUAACAGGGAAAGUAACAGUUACUCAGAUCACCAAAUCCAUCAGCACUUUUUGCUUCCUUUCUUGGAGUUCUUUAGAUCUGAGGUUGCUGUGAACUGCUGUUGCAACAGCUUGCAAGAAUACAGCACCCCUGAGUAAGAAAAACAUCCCAAUGCACAGUAUUAAUUUUUAAACAUAAGUGGAAUGUAACCUUUUAAUUGCUUGUUGGUGCCUUUCUGACUGACUAUAUAUUAAUGAAGAAAUAGGCUCAAAGAUUAUUGCUGUAAAUAAAAGUUAUGGAUAUUUAUUUUUAGCCUAUACAGUAUUAUUAGAAUGAAAGUAACAGCAAGAUUUGGAAUCUUAACGAACACAGUGAAGCAAUAGUAGCUGCCUGAAAAUCAAUUGUUAUUGACUUAUAAAUGAUGUGGAGGACAAGGCUAUUGUGGGUGAGCUAUCCUUUCUUUUGCUGUGCUUCCAAGGGCUUGUUAAGGGUCUGUUGUAGCUUAUGUGUUAAAUGAAAGCCUACCACCAUCUUAGCAGGACAGUGAGGAUUGGGUAAUAAAUGCUGACCUUACUAGUUAUGCCCAAAUCCUAAGAAUGCAUUUAUUUAAAAGUUUAAUUGAUAUGUAUGUAAAUAAUUACUGUCAGCCCAAUGUUUGCAUAUGGCCUGUCUAUCAAGUGUCAGACUGUACUUGGUAAAAGAUGCCAAGGUAGUAUAUGCAAAGUAAACUGCUCAGUUAAUACAACUGGAUGCUUUUAUCCAAUCCUUGUUGUUUUCAUCUGAAAAGCACAAGUGGCCAGUAUUUACAUUAAGAUUUAAUACCACAGAAUAAUUGUUUUUAAAAACCCUGAGAUUCAAUGUUCAGUUAUCAGAUUUUUGGUCCACUGUUUAUGGGGUGAUGGUAGGAUUCAAGGAUAGCUUUUAUGCUUCUGUAAAACUAAGGACGCUAUUCUUAGUUCAAUCAUAUCAUUACAAUUAGAGAACAUUAUUAACUCUAACAUAACAUAUGUGCUUCCUAAAGUUAACAUAUACAUUAUUUUUCUAACAUUUAAAGAAAUAACAUAGAAAAAAGUAAACUAUAAUCUAUGAAGUUGCAUUUAAAAUUUUAAGUGUGAGUUCUCUUUCUGAGCACACGGACACAUAGUAUUCAAAAUAUAAUUAAAAAUUAGCAGCAAGUUAAGGACGCUUACAGCUGAUUUAAUGUAUAGAGAUAAAUUUAAUACUUUAUUGCAUAUAUAUGUACAUAGUAUGUAUAUGGGCAACAAAUAAAAUGGCUGAGAAUAAGAGUUGAAUUAUAUGCAGCAUUAGCAUUUCCAGAUAAAUGUUGGUAUGGACCUUCCAUUUGAUUGGUUAUUUCAAGUCCAACAUAUAGUCACUUUCAUUGGGACUCAGGAGUGAGACUUUAACGGAAUCCAGCUAAUGAUUACACAGCAAAGCUUUGGAAGUAAAUUUAAUGGGUUGGGUUCCAACUUAUCAAAGGUGAACAUUGUUACUUAUUGUAUUUUAUCCCAUUGAUAUUAAUCCACUUUAGGAAGCAUCACACUCCAGCCAAUACAAUUUGAAUUUGGUGCAUUACGUGUUUUGGCAAUAUUCCUUAUUGAUUACUUCAAAUUGCUCCCACCACUACCAUACUGAGACCUCUGACCAAACCACCUUUAUGUUGUAUAUCUCCAGACACAUUCCAAUUACAAAAAAAUGAAAUCCACUAUUGUGUUAUAAACCAUUUUAUUACAAUUAGAGUAGAGAAAAUAUAAAUAUUUUCCCGUUUGACUAAAAUCCUAGCAACAACAGACAAUUCACUGAUUUCAGCACAAAGUCAUAUUUUGACAUUAAUGCCAAAUAAAGACUGGAAACUUCGGCUCAUAGGAGAGUCUUCUAACAGCUAAUCCUCUGCCAUUGACAAAAAAGUCACCUCAGUACUAUAUAAUGCAUGUUUUCGUUUUUGGUAAAGUUAACUUUCUAAGUAAAUAUUUUGUCUCUACCUUUGUGGAGCUAGCAUCAAUGUUAGUGGACUGAUGGUCUGAAGUGAUGGAAAUGGUAGUCCUUUUCACUAAAGACAGGAAUGAAUUUGCAUUUCAGUAACCCAGAAAAACACCCAAUUAAAACACCUAUUAUUUUUGAAAACAAAAGCUGGUAUAUUAUUUGUAAUCAUAAAUAUAAGACUGUAUAGAACCCAAGAGGAUGUGGAUUUUCCAUCUGUUUUCCCUUGAGGCUUGCCAUUAACUUCUAUUUAUCAACUCAAUGUAAAUACUAAUUCAUAGUCUGUCUUGUGUAUUCACCGGUGUAUAUUAUUCCAGCUUACCACUGAAUAAAGUACAUGCAUGAA